GAGGGAGAAAAGACGGGCAUUUCCUGUACAGAGAAAAUGAUUGCAGUGGGGGAGAGAGAGAGAGAGAGGGAGUAGAGGCCAGAAAUCCAGUGUUCUGAGCAUCAGAACUGUUUAACACCAGUUGCACAGGCCCAUCAUCGCUUCACACAUAACACCUCUCUCUCUCUCUCUCAAAUUCAUCAAACAUUCUUGCUCUCUCAAUCCUCUCUUUUUAGAUUUUCUCUCUCUCUGCAGUUGUGGCUACCACCAGGACUCGUCUUCUUCCGCACUCACCCCCCUCCGGCGCCCCCCUCGUAUGGCCGCCGCCCCCACCCUCCUCCACCACCACCACCCACCUCCUCAACUACACCUUCCCCACCAACCCCAACAUGCUUACCACCGCUCUAGGCGUCGGCCUCGGCGUUUUUCCUCUCUUCGCCACCACCCCCACCUCCACGACUUGCGCUGCACCGCUGCUGCCGCCCAAACAUACUUUAAACGAUGAAGAUAAUGAUGGGGAUUCGGUGAAUUUGGAGGAUGGUGAGGGUAGCAUGAGGGCGUGUGUGGAUUGCGGGAACAAGGCUAAACGGGACUGCAAUUAUAGGAUGUGCAGAACUUGUUGUAAGGGUCGUGGCUAUGAUUGUGCUACUCACGUCAAGAGCACGUGGGUGCCCGCGGCUCGCCGCCGAGAGCGUCAGGCGGCGGUUGCAGCGUUUGUUGCCGGCGGUGGCUCUUCUGGGUCUUCCUCUGCUGUUGCAAAAAGGCCGAGACUCGGCUCAACUCAGGCUGCAACCGCAUCUCAUACCUCUACCUCUCUUCCUAACACUCCUAGGAGCUUUGAUGCCACUUCUACUCACCAAGAUGCAAGCUUUAAGGAGAGUUUGCCCCGGCAAGUUCGUGCACCAGCGGUGUUUCGGUGCAUCCGGGUCACGGCCAUUGAGGAUGGCCGAAAUGAGUAUGUUUAUCAGGCAAUGGUGAAGAUUAAUGGGCAUGUAUUUAAGGGGUUUCUAUAUGAUCAAGGGGUUAAUGAGAAGGGUAGCUAUCCAUGUAUUUCAGAACUACAGUUGGAAACUAAUGCUAGUGGAAGGAAUGUGGAUUCUUCUUCUCCAAUUCUUCACAAAGCUGACGCUUAUGAUGCUUCUGGUUGCAGAGGAUUGCUGGGAGGUGAUCAAGAUUGUUUUUGAUAGAUCUUGGAAGAAAGCUACCACAUAGUCAGGUCUAAGUUUUGUAGCCUUAAAAGGAUGAUGGUACCAAGUUCAGUGGAGGAGCUCUUCAGCCAUUGCAGAAACCCUACCAAACCGAAAAGCCAAGGCAUGCUUAUUAGGUGACAUAUUAUGUCUGUCUAGAUUGUGCCCAUAUCAUUUUGCUACUUGCUGGAAGGUCCCUGUUUGCUGAAGUGCAGCUGAUACAUUUCUACAUUGACAGCUUAAAGGGCCAUUUUGUUUCUUCUUAAGCUGAUGAAAGUGUCUACAGGAGUAUUGAAGUAGGCCCAUGAUAAUGCUGUGGUGGCACAUGAAUUUGAAAAUCCCGUAAGUUGUCUGAAGUUGCAUUAUAUACUUAUAGCCUAUAGGGUGUCCUAGAAGGUGAAGCUUCAGAAUGCUGUUAGAUUACUCGUCCAAGAUUUUCUUUCUCAAUGUUUUGGUCAUGAAAACUGUAAGAUCAGUUAGAAAGGCCAAGAACUUCAGUAUUUGAUAAUCAUUAGCUUAAAACCUUCUUCAUUGGCAAUCGAAGGAGCAUUGCAGCAUUUUUGUACAUUUGAAAGAUAUAUUUCUGAUGUCAUUCCUCAUUGUUUAAAUUAUAUGAAGUAUUACAAUUUUGAAAUCAUUUCUGUUUGGAGCCGUA